CUUUUGUCUACAGGGGGCAAUCCACUCUUUGCUGUUUUUGCUGUCGAAGAGCUAACGGAGCUUCUGCUGAUGAGCACAUUCAUUAAUGCUCGGUAGUGAGUGAAUCAGUAUUUUCUUCGGACCAAUGUGGAGAUUCUUUAUCAGACUGGAGAAACACAAAUAUUGAAGAAAAAAGAAAAUUCUCGAGAAGGAUUUGGAGAAGAUCACUGAAAAGUCAAUUGGAUUUGUCUCGUAGGUUAACCUGAAUUAGAACCACAGGGUGUAGUCUGCUGGAGCUGAAGGUCAUGUGUACAGGGAUGAAUGUGCUUUGCUUUUUCACUAUUUUAGCAUUUUGACGUGUUGCUUCCUUAUAUUUAAUAUUAUGGGUCAGACACAGAGUGGCACAGAUACAGAGGUGACUCUUCAGAACAUCCAGGAACUCUACCGUAAGUUUGCGAGCGAAUGCCCAAGUGGAAAUUUGCACUUGCACGAAUUCAAGAGAAUCUUUGGAAUCAACAGCAACUCAACAGAAGAAGAAGCCGCAUUCAUGGACAAUGUGUUUCGAUCCUUUGAUACAAAUCAGGAUGGUCAGAUAGACUUCAUGGAGUAUGUGGCAGCACUGCAUCUCGUCCUUCGUGGAAAACUGGAGGACAAACUGAAAUGGUCUUUUAAAGUUUAUGACCGAGAUGGAAACGGCUGUCUGGACCGACAGGAAGUGAAACACAUCGUCAAAAUCAUCUAUAAGAUAAAGAAGCACAAUAAUCCGAGCAUCACAGGAAACAUUGAGGACAUCUGUGACAGAAUAUUUGAACUGGUGGACAAGAAUAAAGACUGUCAGAUUUCUUUGGAGGAAUUUAUCGAGGGGGCUGAAAAGGACCCGUGGGUGAUGGAUCAGCUCAAACUGGACAUCGGGCCCUGUGAUUGGUUCAUUGGACAGCAUGAGAAGAAUCCCUAAUUUCAUAUUGUGCAGCAUAUAUUUUCUUAUGAUAAAUGCCUUGAUAAAUGUUCUUCUAUUGUUUACACACUGACGCAUCAGAGAAUGUUUCAGGUUUGUGAUCCUCCAAGUGAAUAAUCUGCAUUGUGAGAUUUUGGAUGAUCUCAGUGAUGGUUUCUCCAGCUGUGGAACAUACAAACAUGCUCGGAGAUGCAGCCUGAAUCUUACAUUAAAUCUGCAAAUUCAACCACAGGCACCACUUUUUGGGUAGAGAAGCCUGUCGUCUUCAUCUUCUACCUUCUACCGCUACUGCUGCUUGAAGAUCACAACCUUUCCCACCCAGUUUAACGUUUUAUAUGUGGAUAAAAUCAGUUUUACAAUUCAAAGUGGAUGCAUGUUUUUACCCAUCAGCUGAAACUUUAGAGAUUCACUCUGCUGCAACAUGUAACUAAUGCUUAUUUUCCAUUAUGCUGUGUUUUUUAAUGUAUUUUACACAAAUAUUCAGUGGUGGGAGAAGUAAUAGAAGCAAUACUCAAACAGUUCAAGUACAACAAACUUGUUAUUAAGAAAGGUACUUGAGUAAAUGUACUUAACUUACAUUCCACCACUGAAAACAACAACAAGUUUGAUAAGAACAUAAAUAUCUGUGCGUUGCUGUUUUCUAGAGUUCUGUCACUCGUCAGUGUCACUUGGCCACUGACAGUCAAUCAAAUCAAGCAAGAGGCGGACCUUACGAGCACUGUCUUCCUGUUUUGAUGCUGUUUACUGUAGCUUUAUACUUGAUGGAAAGAUGAGAGUGGUAUCAGUCUUCUUAAGACUCCUGGCAAGAAAGGAAGCAAUUUUACCAAAAAAUGUAUUAAUGCAUAUAUACAAAUAGUAUGCUUUGAACAAUAAUGUGUGUCUGAUAUUUCCAGAUUAAAAUCCUUAAAAAGUC